CUCACGCGCCAGUCGCCACGCGCAGCGACCGUUAACGACAUCGCCAAGUUGUCGCCGAAGCCGCGUUGGGCUUGUUUCAGUCUCUGUAUUUUUUUCCCCCCAUCCCACAGUAAAUCGUUUAUAUUCCGGUGUGCGCGUGUAAUCUGAACAUGCAAAACGGAGAGGCCACGGCGACGGUCUAGGUAGCUGAGCUGUCUCCUUCAUCUCGGCGCCCCAUCAUUCUCUGCGAAUGCAACAUGGCGGCGCUGGUCUGGAGGAAGCUGCCGGUUUUGUCAUCUUGGCAAUGUGAGGCUGCAUGGAGAAGGACUAUUCACGCAACAACAUCAUGCUUCAAGAAUCGAGCAGCUCGUGUUCGUGUUGGAAAGGGUGAUAAACCAGUUACUUAUGAGGAGGCACAUCCACCUCACUUCAUCGCUCACAGAAAAGGCUGGCUGUCCCAACACACCAGCAAUCUGGAUGGUGAAGAAGGAGCUGCAGACCGUACAAUUGAGGAUGUUUUCAUCCGCAAGUUUAUUUAUGGAACUUUUCACGGCUGUCUCGCCAAUGACGUGGUUGUGAAGAGGAGAGCAAACAUGAUUGUCAUCUGCGCCAUCUUCAUUCAGAAGUUGCCACCUCAAAAGUUCUAUUUCCUGAUCGGUUACACAGAGACUCUCCUCUCAAACUUGUAUAAAUGUCCUGUCAAAAUGGAAGUGCAAACAGUGGAGAAAAAGAUUGUAUAUAAAUACAUAUAAACUGAAUGCACAAAGAAAAUGACCAAAAAGCACAA